UUCAUUAUUAAUUUGAGACCGCCACUCCCAUUGGAUGUCACAUGUUGACCCAAGCAGAUGUUUUAAAAGCUCCAUAAUCUGUCUGUGUUUGAGGACGAGAGAGAUGCGAACACUUUAUCCAAAUCCUACAGGACGACGGUAGUUUAUUAAAUAAACCAGAUAACGCUCUGUUGGUGAAAAGACCUAAAUGAUGAACAUCGAGGGGGAGGAGAUGCGCAAGCCAAUCCGGCUCAUCGCAGCUGCCUGCAGGGAUAUGGGCAUCGGGAAGGACGGACAGAUUCCCUGGUGUCUUCCAAAAGAAUUUCAGUUCUUACUGGAUACAAUAACAGCCGUGUCGGCACCCGGGAAGAAGAAUCUGAUUGUCUGGGGCCGAAUCUGCUGGUUCUCCUGUCCUGAGACGGUUUUUCCUUUGGCAAAUUGCAUAAAUUUGGUAUUGAGCAGAAAAAUGAUUUCAGUGCCUCCGCAUGCCCACUAUCUGUGUAAGGACUUUGACUCAAUAAUUCGCCUGGUUUCUGAACCUCCUUUAUGUCACACUGUGGAGGUCAUCUGGAUCUUAGGAGGCACUGAAGUCUAUAAGGAAAGUCUAGAGCAUCCCUGGUGUGAUCUCAUCUAUCUGACCAACAUCAUGGCCAACUUUGAAUGUGACGUCUUUUUCCCAGAGUUUGACCCCAACAUUUUCAGGAAACAAAAAAAGCUUUCCCGGAGUACCCGAUGAAAUUAUUGAGGAAAAUGGGAUUAAGUUUCAAUUUCAAGUCUUCAAGAAGAUUAAAAACUGAUUCUGCAAGAACACAAGAGAGUCAAACAUGAUGCAGGAUUUGAUCAAGGUUUUUACACUUUUGAAUACCAUUCAAUCAUAUUUUACUGAUUUUAAUACAGUUCAAGUAUAUUGGCUAAGAAGAAUCUAGCAGUAUUGCACAAAACACUUUAUCUCAAAAGCUGUCUUAGGAGCUUCAGUGGCACACUGUCGGCUUUUGGGAUUGGCAUAAGCACUUACUUCAUUUAGUCUAAAAUGACUAGAGAAUGCAGCUUUCAACAUGAUACUCACAUAAGCCCAUUUCCACCACAAAACUCAUAUAUGGGUAGGCAAAAUAAUCUUGUUUCUCUUUUUGACAAGAUUAUUUUGCUUGUUUAUGGAAAAAAAACUCACUUAAUUUUGACAUUAUUUCGUAAAACAAGACAUUUAAUUUUGCUUAUCUAUAAAAUGCCUCUCGAUUUAAGCCUUUUAAGAUAUUUGGACUAGAAACCAGACGUAGUAUGGCAUCACCAUGAAAGUCAUUGUUAGAUUUUCUGUGCACAUUUAUUCAAUAAGAAUGUACAUGGCUGCAUUCUGUGGUGCUUCAUCACCAUUAACAUCUGAAAAGCAGCGAGUUCUUCAUAAAAACCCAUAUGGAGAACACUUUCCUGCUACCGAGCUCAGUUCUUACAUAAGAAGUGACACAAUGUGGAACAUGAGGAGGACUCAGACAGUGGUGCCAGUGAUGAGCAACCCUUCUCUCAAGAUAACACGCGCUACUGUCUGACUAAUCAGAUCUACUGUUACUCAUCUGACGGUCAGCACUGACACGAGCGUGAUGAUGACGAUUUAAAGCAGAUGAAGAGGUCCACACACACAUAUACAAACCAUCUGCUGUUUCAACUCGCUGCCUUAAUGUAGUAUUCAGCUUUUGUAUGUGUGUGUGUGUGUGUUUUGUGUGUUUAACAUGUAUCAUUGUAUACACACUUAUCAUUUUCUUUUGUUAAUUAUGAUACUGCUUGAUGCUAUAUUAACAAUCAUCAUAAAUUAAACAUUUAACAUUUGUGACAGCUAAAA